AUGUUAUUAUUAAUUGUGAGUGUGGCUGGAAUUAUAUUUAAUAAUGUUCUUGCUUUACACUAAUAACAAGCAGGAGUACACGAUUGGAAUAAGAGACUCUUUGGUGAGUUAAAAUACAUACAAGUCUAAGAUUAAACAAUAUUUUACUAAAACACAGACAAUCAAAAUGGAAUUAUUGAAAAAUCUACAGGUUGUUUAAAUUCUCAUAAAUUUAGGCUAAGUCAAAUAAAGAAACACUUAUACUAUGUGUGAUUCUUAUAAUUAUGUCACUUAUGAACCAAAUUAAUAGAUUAUAUAAUUAUUUAAUGAAGGAUAUUAAGUUUUAGCUGAAAAGGAGAUUAUUGGCAAAAUUGACCAUUGUUUAAUAGGAUUAAAUGGAGAAUUUAUAAUUAUUUAUGGAUAAACUAUUUUCUCUACCUUUAAUAACAAAUUCACUGAAAAGUAUAUAUUUAUUAGAUAAUUUUAGAGUUGAUCAUUAAAUAAUAUAUGCAGGAUAUAUUUUUGAUGUACCAGUGGUUGUUUUAUAAAAAUAAAAUGAAGUUUGCAUUUAUUCAAUUAAAGAAUCUAUAUCAUAAAAUUAUUGUGUAGAAAGUUUAAGUAAUGGUAAUAUUCAUGAAUUUGGCAAUACUCUUAUUUAUUAAGAUAAUAAAUUUGCAUAUCAAUUAAAAGAAAAUUCAGCCAAGUCUUUAGACUUUGAAAUUAUAAAGAAAGUAGAUUAAUUUGUUGGUUUUUCAUAAACAUUUGUUAUUAAUGAUAAAUCAAAGAAACAAAUAGUAAAUUUGGAUGGAUAAGUUGAAUAUGAAUUAAGUUAAGAUGAGUUUGUUAUUUAGAAUCUUGAAUCUCAAAAAUAUUACUAUAUUUUAAAAUAAAAAAAUAAUGAGUUGAAAAUUGUUACAUUUGAUAGAGAUACAAAAUAAACUCAUUCAGAAAUAAUUGAAUUAUAAACAAAUUCAUUGAUUUUGAAUGCUUUUUUAAUAGAUUAAAAUAAAAGAUAAUUCUUAAUUUAGUAUUAGGAUUUAUAAACAGUAUUAAUUGAUAAUAAAGGAAUUAAAUGGAGUACUGAAUAAUCCUUAAUUAGUAUUGAUACAGUUUUUUAUGAAAAAUAUGAAAAUUAAGAGUAAACACAUAAAAAUUCAUAUUAUGAAUCACUUGAAAAACAUGGAACUAAUAAUCCUUUAUUUUUAGUAUAAAAUGUUAUUUCAAGAGUUUUGAAUGAAAUCAGAGAUUUAUAAGAGGUAGUAACUCAUUUUAUUGAUAAUGUUGGUAAAGAAAAAGUGUAAACAAGAGAAAUGGAAUAAACAUAUGGAUUGAAAUAAAAAGUAUAUUUUUUAACUACAUAUGGAACCUUAUUAUGUUAUGAUACUUAAGAAUAAUCUUUAUUAAUAAAAUUACAAAUUAAUAAUUAAGAUAAAAGUUUUAAAUUGGUUGCACAUCAUUAAAUAGAGUAUUAUAUUCUUUUAUUAUUUAGUUCCAAUUUAAUUACACAUUUUGACAACAAUGAUGCACAACCUACCCAUGUGUUAUUUUAUUAUUCAAAAGAGAAAUAGAGAUUAAAUACAUUUGUUUUAGAUUUAUAACAUGGAAUAAUCUAAUAAGUAGCAUCGCAAUCCUCAAAAAAUAUAAUAUGGACACUACCUUAUAGAGUUGAAGGAGGACCUGGAUAACAUCACAACAUUGUAAUUUUAAUAGAUGAAGAAAAUAAUAUAUUUACAUAUCCUAAACAUGAUGCUAUAAAUACAAAAGAGAUAAUCUUAUAUAGAAAUGAUAAUGGUGUAUUAAAAGGAUAUAAAUUAUUCAAUAAUUAAUUAGUUGAUAUAUGGACAAUUAAUAUGAAAGAUGAAAUUUUAAUUAUCAGAUCAUCUUAUCAUGUAGGAGAAGAAAAUCCAAGAGUUGCUAUUUGGGAUGAUAGAAAAGUCAUAUAUAAAUUGAUUGAUCAUUCUAAUUUUGCAGUCUUAACUUCAGAUGGUGAUAAGCUUAAAUUAUUUAUUAUUAAUGCUAAAACAGGCAAAAUAAUAUAUUAAAGUGUGUAGAGUGAAGCUGAUUUCAAUUAACCAAUCAAUUUAGUAUUUGAUGAACAUUAAGUUUUUGUUACUUAUUAUAAUAAAUCCUAAAUGAUGUUUGAAAUUUGGACUAUUGAAAUCUAUCAUGCAAAAAUUGAAGUUUCAUUUAUUAAGAUGUUAGAAAACUACUACUUUACAAAAACACCAAUUAUUACAAAUUAUUAUAAAUCUGACUUUGAAGCAUUUUUCUUAUAAUAAGUAUAUGGAUAUCCAUUAGGAAUCAAAUAUCUAGGAAUGUCUAGAACAUAAAAAUCAUUAACAAAAAAGAAUUUAUUAAUAAUAACAACUACUGGAUAAUUGCAUUCUUUAGACAGAAAUUUAGUUUCUACAAGAAGAAGAGAAAAAGCAGAUCAACCAAUUUUAGAAUAUUCAUUAUAAUCAGCAGAGCUUCCUCCUUAUUAAUAUUAAUUACCCAUCAAUUUUUUAAAUACACUUUCAUAUCAUUAAACUGUAUUUUAUUUAAUUAAUUUUAGUUCGAUAUUGAGAAAUUUUCAAUAGAAUCCACAAAUUUAGAAUCAUCAGCAUUAUUAUUGGUAUAUGGUUCUGAUAUCUUCUUCACUAGAAUAGCUCCAGAUAAAGUAUUAUUUAUUAUAUAAUAUUUUAGACAUAUGAUAUGUUGUUGGAUAAUUUCAACUAUAAUGCCCUUAUAGCAACAACAGUUUUGAUAGUUAUUGCAACCAAAGUGUUAUCAAGAUUAGUCAAAUCAAGUAAAUAGGUUAAAUAAUUUUAUCUAAAUUGA